UUGGUACCGGAAGAGCUGUCUCUUCGCCUUCCUCUCUAUCUCUUCCUCUCUGUCUCUCUCCACUCCCUCUCCCAUGGCGGCUUCUUCUACCUUCUCCUCAUCCGAUAGCGAAGCGAUUCACGGGACUACUGACUCGUCCGAGUCACAGUCAGCUGCAGCAGGAGAGAGGAAUAAGGUUUUUAUUUCAUGGAGUUUGCUCCAAUUCUCCGCCACGCCUCCGCUGCUAAGAACCUCUUUUCACUAUCGAGACUCACCGUUGGCUCUUCUCCCUCCGUUAUCGUCAACUCCCCCUCAUCCAUCGCUGGGUAUCACGUGAGCUCCGGCGGAUACAUGCGCGGAGCUGUGUAUCGCGAGCCAAAGCAGCCUCUAACAAUCGAAGAAUUUCACACUCCCCGACCAAAAGUGAAUGAGAUUCUCAUCAAAACCAAAGCUUGUGGAGUAUGCCACUCUGAUCUACAUGUGAUGAAAGGAGAGAUACCAUUCUCUAGUCCUUGUGUUAAUGGUCAUGAGAUCACUGGUGAAGUCGUUGAACAUGGUCCUCUUACUGAUGACAAGAUCAUCCAAAGAUUUCCAAUUGGUUCUCGUGUAGUUGGAGCUUUCAUUAUGCCAUGUGGAACCCGCUCUUAUUGUGCUAAGGGCCAUGAUGAUCUUUGUGAAGACUUCUUUGCUUAUAAUAGAGCUAAAGGAACUCUUUACGAUGGUGAAACUCGUCUGUUUUUGCGUCAUGAUGAUUCACCGGUGUAUAUGUACAGUAUGGGAGGGAUGGCUGAGUACUGCGUCACACCAGCUCAUGGCUUAGCUCCUCUACCAGAGUCUCUGCCCUACAGUGAGUCUGCCAUUCUAGGCUGUGCUGUUUUUACAGCGUAUGGUGCUAUGGCUCAUGCUGCUGAGAUCCGUCCUGGAGAUUCUAUUGCUGUUAUUGGAAUCGGUGGUGUUGGCUCACGUUGUUUGCAGAUAGCGAGGACUUUUGGAGCCUCUGAUUUAAUAGCUGUGGAUGUCCAGGAUGAUAAAUUGGAGAAGGCUAAGACUCUUGGUGCUACUUCUUGGCUAGAACCAAGACUCUCCCUAAAAGAACCAAUUGCCAUCAAGAAGUUUAACUGUUAAAGCAGUCCAAAAACGGAGAUGGUGUUUCCCCAACUGCCAUCUCGCGAUCAAGAAACUGCUUCUCUAGUCAUCAUGUUGCAGCAAUUACAAAGAAGACGACAUAAGGAAAUUUCUUCUCUACUCAUCAUCUGGUAAUGGCUGACAAAGUCA